AGUGAAAAAAGAGAAAAAAGAAAAAAGAAAAAAAAGGAAUAGAUUUUAUUUAGAAAAUUUAGAAAUUAACCCCAAAACUACAAGCCCUAGUUUGUUCGUCCUCCCUGUCUCCUCCCUGUCUCUCGACUCUCUCUCUCUCCCCUCUCGACUCCGCCGCCGGCGCCGCUGCCCCACGCCGGCCCGUCGCCGCCCACCCUCGCUGCUGCCCCGCGCCCUAGUUCUUCUCUGUUCGAUUGGUCGAGCCCUAGUUUUUCUCUGUUCGGUACAACUCAGCCGUCGCCAUCUCAGGGAGACCGGCGAGCUACGCGACCUAGAGCCCGCCCAUCGUUGCUGGUGGUCCGAGGAUCGGCGAGCCGAUGGUGUUCUACGGCCGGUUCUCUUCUCAACUCCACAUAAUCGAGGCAGGAAAGGGGGAAAGCCCUAAUUCUCCGAUUUGCAAUCGAGAGCGGAUGAGGUUGAUAAUUAGGCGUUGAACAAGAGUUUUGCCCCUUCUCCCUCUCUCUACCUCCUCUCUGUGCCGCCUUUGUCUCCGGCAAGCAGCCGCUAGCCGCCACCUUCUCCAGCCUGGCGUCGCCCCCCAUCCCCAUCACCUCUCUUUCGCUUCCACCACCACGAGCAACCUCCGUCGUCGGCUCAGCGCCCACCACCGCUCCAAUCGCACCACCACUGCCCCUGGCCUCUGACUCCGACAACAGUCGCCCUCAUUCUUCAGGAGAAUGGGUUAUUACAUGUACCCAAGGGCCAAGCUCAGAACCCACAAGCACAAAUGUUUUCGGAUCCAAACAUGGCUAUGGACAUGAUGAAAAAAAAUCUCUCCAUGAUUAUUCCACAGACGCUUACUUUUGCCUGGGUUAACUUCUUCUUCUCUGGAUUUGUAGCAGCAAAGAUCCCAUUUCCUCUUACUCAGAGAUUCAGGGCAAUGCUGCAAAAUGGCAUAGACUUGAGCACUGUCGAUGUCAGUUACGUCAGCAGUCGCUCCUGGUAUUUUCUCAAUCUUUUUGGGCUAAGAGGUCUCUUUAGUAUUAUUCUUGGAGAAGACAAUGCAACUGAUGAUACACAGCGCAUGAUGCAAAUGGGUGGAUUUGGAUUUGACCCAACCAGGGCAAUGCUAUACAUUUUAUCCUUGUUUAUAUGCUUUUAUGAUCAAGAGUAGCUUAUUCUGUUUCCAAAAACCUUCUUUAGGUUAUAGCAAAACCAGUUUCCUAUGUACAUUUGUCUCUUUGUUUGAGCUAUUCUUCCCUUGACCUGCACCUAUUGUUCUACUUAUUCUUUGCUUCAAUUUGCCUUUUACAGGUCAUCCAAAGGAUUCGCAUUUAUUAAAUUCACAUCAAAGCAAGAUGCAGAAAAAGCCAUCCAAAACUUAAAUGGGAAAAAUUUGGUAAAAGACCAAUUGCAUAUGGCUUGAGGUCAAAAGACAACCAGAGAAUCAUAGCAGGUUGAUUAACUAGUUCUUGAGGACUUGGUGCUAGAAACAUUGUAUGAUAGAUUUUUGUUUUAGCUAUAAGGUAGUUGGUAUUUUCAAUUUUGAAUCGGAAUAUGCAAUGAUGAUGUAUACUUGAUAUUUGGUUCAUUUGUAUAAUAAUGUAUGAAUUUUUUGGAUGAUAUAUAAUAUUGUUAUCGUUGAUUU